AACCUGUUUGAUGAUUUGCCUGAAAGAGACCUGGCGAUGGCGGCAUGGAUUUUUAAACUUCAUUGUUGUUGUAAAUAUGCGUGUUAUUGCUUGUGUUGUUUUGGUUCACAAAAGCUCUGAAAUCCCAUGUUUUGUCUGGUGCCCAUAACCUGUUUGUUGAUAUGCCUGAAAGAAGCUGAGCGGCCAUGGCGUUGGCAUGAAAAGAAGGGUGUGGCUAGGGACAUUCGACACCGCAGAGGAUGCAGCACGAGCAUAUGAUCAAGCAUCCAUCUUGAUGAACGGCCAAAACGCCAAGACCAAUUUCCCUGCAUCGAAAGACCGAUCUGAAGAAGCCAGCCAUGGCCAUGGGGCUUCUCCAUUGUCCCCAAAAGCACUUUCAGAGCUACUCAGCACAAAGCUCAGGAAGUGCUGCAAGAACCCUUCUCCCUCCUUGACAUGCCUGCGACUCGACAGUGACAAUGCCCACAUCGGUGUCUGGCAGAAGCGUGCAGGCACUCGAGCAGCCUCCGAUUGGGUCAUGAGGAUUGAGUUAGGAAAGAAGGAGACACCGCCGCCGUCGAUGUCGCUGUCCCCGUUGCCCGAACCUGCAAGCCAGGAAGCUGAAGGCCGCCAAAAUGGGAUUGAUGAAGAAGACAGAAUUGCAAUGCAAAUGAUCGAAGAGUUGCUUAGUUGGAACUGCCCCCUUCCUUCAACUUCAAGCUAGGUACAAAAUCUCAACACAAAACUCAACUCUAUAAAUAAAAGAACCCAUAAGACCAAACACAAAGAAACUUAAUUAAUCUCUGUGUUUGACUGUCUAUGUAUGUAUAUGUAUAUAUAUAUAUAUAUAUAUAUAUAUAUAUAUUCUGUUUAUGUAAAGCAGUUUAUGGGAUUUGGGAAGCUCAAAAUCUGUAUAAAGGGGGAGCUUUUGCAUAUAGAUGAGUUGCUGUUUUAUGUCAGGUUGUAUCAAAAUCAUAGAGGAUUGUAAGCUAUAUAUAUACAUACAUAUAUACAUAUAUAUAUAUAUAUAUAUAUAUAUAUAGAAAGGGAAAAAGUUUGCAGAUUAUGAGCAAAGGAAUGACAAAUUUGGUC